GAUCCAGAUGAAAGAAUUCAUGGAAAAAUACGACAAGAAUGCAGAUGGAAGGAUUGAGAUUGCAGAGCUGGCCCAGAUACUCCCAACAGAAGAGAACUUCCUCUUAUGUUUCCGACAGUGCGUGCGGUCCAGCGCAGAGUUUAUGGAGACCUGGAGGAAAUAUGAUGCAGACUGUAGUGGAUACAUUGAAGCAAAUGAGCUUAAGAGCUUCUUGCUGGAUUUGUUAAAGAAAGCAAACAGACACUACGACGAUAAGAAGCUACAAGAGUACACUCAGACCAUACUGAAAAUGUUUGAUGCGAACGGAGAUGGAAAGUUGGGCCUUUCCGAAAUGGCACGUUUAUUACCUGUUCAGGAAAACUUUUUGCUGAGGUUUCAGGGGAUGAAACUGAGUGCAGAGGAGUUCAAUGCAAUAUUCACGUUUUAUGACCGGGAUGGAAAUGGCUACAUUGAUAGUAAUGAGCUGGAUGCGCUACUGAAAGAUUUAUACGAGAAAAACAAAAAGGAGAUGGAUAUUAAGAAACUGACUGCGUACAAGAAAAACAUCCUGUCGCUCUCGCAUGGUGGAAAACUAUAUCGAAGGGAGCUGGAGAUGAUCUUGUGCACAGAGCCCCUGUAGGGAGGACCUCUUCAACAGGAUUGCACUCCAGCCUACAUCAUUCAGUCCACUCCCUCACCUCCCACCCACCCAACGUAACUUUAACCCGGCGCAUGUGCAGGGUGUCCUGGAAACCACAAAUGUGCUUGUGUUGCAGAUUAAGAAACGUCACUAAGGGACAGGCAUCAAAGCUGAGGUGUGAACUCACUCAUAAUGGCUGCCCAUUAUUUUCUAUAUAUCUCCCUUUGCUCAGCAUUUUAAAGCAACAGAUAAUAUAUUAGAUACAUAUUAAAUAUAUAUAUAUAUAUAUAUACACAUACACAGAAUAUAUAUAUAGAAGUAUUUUGAGUCUUGGUAAAUGCUGUUGUUUGCCAAAGGUAAGCCUGUAAUUUACAGCAGAAAGCCAAUUAUCCAACAGACAAUUUGUUGAAGUCUAUUUUAUUCUCUUUGUUUUACUCAGUUGUCCCAGCUGCAGAAGUCACAAGAUGUUCCUUAUGCAAACCACCAACCUGGAAGUUGGGAUCUAUCCAUCAUGGUGUGCCUAGGGAGCUCCAGGGGUUUUGGUAUUGGCCAUCCUGGAUUUUCUCUGCAUUCCCAUGACCGAUCACCUAGCUUGCUGGGGGCUCCACCGAAAUGACUCACUGAGACAAAAGAUUUCAAUAGCAGGGAGCAAGGGGGUCACAAACUACAGUAAGCUCAGAAUUAGGAGGUACCCCUCCAAAGUGUAAUAAGUUUAAGUCACCAAAGAAAGGCACAGCAGUGUUUCUUCUGAGCAAAUGCACUGAAAGCUGUGGUGAGAAGAUAGUGAGGUAACAAUGGGGCAGGGCAGAAAGUGCCUGAUCUGUUGGACAGAAUACUCUGACUGUCUCCCUAAACAAGGCUGGAGGCAGAAACAGCCAAAAACAGUCGGUGUAUAUCACAGCAGCCAGACUGUCUCGCAAAUAGACUAGAGGAUCGGGCACACACCAAUCCUCAGAGGUUUCUUUUGGUGUAGCCAUGGCAACACCUGAUAUAGUUGGUCAGCAAAGUUCAGAGAUAUAUAAUUCAGCCAUUACACUCUCUCAGGAGUAAAUUUAACCAUUACAGUCUGUCAAGGCUAAUGACCAUUACAUCUGUCAGAGUCAGCGAUAAAAAUAGAACUAUUAAAGUGUGUCAGGGUCAGCAAUAUAAAACAAAACCAUUACAGUCUGUCAGGGUCAGCGAUACAAAUAUAAGCAUUAUAGUCUAUCGGGGACAGCGAUAUAAAUUUAACCAUUACAGUCUGUCAGGGUCAGUGAUAAAUAUAACCAUUACAGUCUGUCAGGGUCAGCGAUAUAAA